AUGCAGAAAAUAAACUGUGGGGCUUGCAUUAAGGCAUACCGUCGAUACGGAAAGCUGGACUUUUCAACGACUGAAGAAGAUUACCGCAAUAAAUUACCAGCGUUUGGCUGUCAAUGCAUAAGUGCUUACUAUAAAAAGGAUUCGGCCAUUGUCAUUCCUCCUCCUAUACGACAUCCAUGUUCUUUUUGCGACAGAACUUUUCCGACAGCCAUUAAACUUUUUUAUCACUCCAACAAUGAGCACACCAUGAAUAGCUCCCAUGAUGAUUACGAUUUUUAUUCUGUCGUAGGAAAUAGCAUUCUUGGCAAUUUAGAUUCAUUUUAUUAUGAUCAAGAGAAAUUAUACAAAUUGUCAAGCUUAAUUGAUGCCUUACAAAUGAAUAUCAGUAGAAUCAAAAGAUUAAGCACAAUAGAAGAAUAA